AACAACAGCAACAACAACAACAGCAGUGGCAGUAGUUCGCGCACCAAUUGUUGUUGUUGCAGCAGUUUUGGUUAAACCCUUUGUGGCUGAACUGGAAGAUAAAAACAGCCCACAAUUUAAGGCACUUGAGGAGCAAGUGGUAGUAGUGUAUGAAUUCAUCUAUAGACGUCAAUAUGGUUUACUUUUCAGCCGUGUAAUUGUCAUAGCAUUCAGAAAAGCUGGGACGAGAACACGAGCAUCUACUACUGGAAAUAAUAUUGAAGCAGAAGUGCAGGUUGUGUUUAACAGCACAAUAACACCUGCACAAAUCCCAGAGGCUAAAGAUGUUCAACAAACCUUAGUCAAUGCGGUGUCUAACCCCAACAACACUUUCAACCUCAGUAUUGAUAACACAUCCGUCAUAGCAACCCAAGUAAACAUUUUUACAAAGCUGUUGCAGUUCACAUCUGUUGGAGAGACAUUUACAGCUGACUUGCUGAACUCAUCAUCUCCAGCAUUUAGAAAUAGAUCAUCACUGAUAGUGACAACACUUGAACCUAUCUACAAUAAAACAUUUUCUUCAUACCUCUCAAUGAACGUGGCUGAAUUCCGAAAUGGAUCCAUCAUCACUGACAUCUAUAUUCGGUUUGCAUCUACAUCAGCGCCAAAUGACACUGACAUUGCAAAUGUUUUGAUCAAUGCAGCUCCAAACAUAACAGCCUUCAACAUUACCAAUGUUGUUGUCAGUGAUCCAGUUACAGUCACAAAUACAGCGACUCCUACUACCACUACUACUGCAGCAAAUACAACUGCAACGACUCCUACAACCACUACAGCUGUAACAACUACAACUGCUGAGCCAGUAAGAACACUGGCGGUUCAGUUCAGAUCUGUUAAUGGGAUAUUUACAACUGACUUGCUGACUUCAUCAUCCACAGCUUUUCAAAAACGAGCUUCACUGAUAAAGACAUCACUUGAACCUUUCUACCAGGCAAGAUUUCCUUCAUUCCGCUUCAUCAAUGUGACUGCAUUCAGUAAUGGCUCAAUUAUCAAUAACAUGGACAUUGGAUUUGCAUUGUCACUGGUCCCUAAUGCAAAUCAGAUUGCACAAGUUUUGAUCGAUGCAGCAAAGAUAACACCCUUCGACAUUGAAACCAGUUCCAUUCUUGUGGACGGCACACCGUCACAUGGAGUGAGCCACAAGAUCAGUCUCCUCACUGCAUCCUGUAUGUUGUUGCUGUCAUGGUUCCUGUCAGGCCAGCAAUAACAUCUGAGCUGAUGUUCUUGUGAAAUAACUUGAGGAAAUGUCUCCUGUGACUGGGUAUAAAGAAGACUUUAUUCCAACUGAAAAUCCAUGAGGAGCUUCUGAUGAAGAGGAAUCAUACUGUGAUUUAGAACUAAAAUUGAAAUGAACCUGUGUUAUUAAUUACUAAUUAAUCAUUAAUUAAUUAAUUAUAUGUUAUGUAUUCUAUUAUUGUAUUUAUUCUGUUUGUAUUGUAUUGGAUAAUUAUGGCAAAAAAUAUUAGUCUAAGUGAUCCUGAUACAAACAUUUAAAAUUAUUUAAAGAACUAUCCUUAUUAUCGCCAAACAAUAAUUCUCUUAUUUUUUAAAGCAUACUACUUUAAUUAGCAAUUCUCAGGAAAAUUGAUUAGAGAAUACUAUGGCACUUCUUAAGGUUCCUUCAUAGAUUUUUGAUCCACAUAAAACAAAAUCUAAUUCUAAUAAUUAUCUUUUAGGUUUAGGUUCACACAUUACAUUGGAACUGGUUAGUUUAUGGUGAAAUAAGAUUGAAUUCAGUCUAAAAAACAACCUCUACAUGUCUUAUUUUUUUAACCAACAUACUGUCUUUUCGGUAUAUUCAGUGAGUUCAGUGAGGUUGUGACUAAGUGAGAUGUUAUUUUCACAGCUGUAUUAGACCUAUAUAUAGUUUAAAACAAACAUUGAUGUUGGGCUGAGUUUGAAUCAAAUUACAAAUUAUCAACAAACACAGCUGAAUUUUCAUCUGAAUUUUCUCACAAUAUCUCCAGGGCUCAAACACUAAGCUGGCACUAAACACUCAAAUUUCAUUUUUUAUAAAACAACAUCAGCAUGGGACAAGGACAUACAGCAAGGAAGGAAAACGGAAAACACACACAUAUAUACAAAAAUGUGAACCUGUGCAUACAUGGAUGCAAAACUAUACACUCACACAAUUAUAUACAGACACGCAUGCAUACAGGAGAAAGUAAAAUGGAAUGAAUGAAUGGAUGGAUAUAAAUCUCUUGUGUAUUGUUACAUAACUAUUUACUGUAAAUCAAAUUAAGUAAUUAAAAGCCAAUAUUAGUAAAAAGCAGG